GCAGCGUGCAGAAAGUUAACGGCAGUUGCAUUUAGAAUUUGAUGUUGCGGAGCUGAGCUAAGCCGACGAGACUGUAAGCUAAAAGCGUGGAUUAGUGGACCAGAUUGGCAGGUGGACAAAAGGAUACUCAGUCAGCUUCUCCUUCAAAGGAUUAUACCAGCAGCAUGAGGCUGAGUAACACAAUCGAGUGGCUGCUCAUAGCAAUUACGAUCAGUUUAAUACUCGAUACAACAACAGCACGACAUCAUCACCAACACCAACGUAGGCAACAGAAUCAGCCACAACAGACACAGACGAAGCAUACACAAUUUGCGAAGCGUCAAGGUCGUGCCGCCGCCGCCGCCGCCACAACCACCAGCAGUUGGUUUGGUCCGGAAUUUAUGAUAGCGCGUCGCGUUUAUGAAGAUUGUCAGGAAAAGAAUGAUUUUGUCGGUUGUCUCAAACAAAAGGCGCUACAUGCGCUUUCACGUGCACUCGAGCAGGACUCCAUCAAAAUUGUUGAUGGUCUCGUUUUGGAGAAACAGAAUAGCACCGAGAAAGAAAGUAUUAUCACUGCUAUGGCCGAUGGACGCACGCUCAACUCACUGAGCACCAUCGAUCGUGCACUGCUGGCCAAAAUUGACAAGCUAACGCGUACACAUGCGUUGAAAAUGGAUAUGAGUCAAGGGCGUGGUCAUGGUGGUGGCGAUGGUGAUGGCGGUGGCAUGAAGAAGAAGAAGGGCGAUCAAGGUGGUGGUAUGAAAUAUGUGAUUGCAGCAUUACUCACCGCCAUGGGCAUUGCCGGGCCGCUUGGUUUAAAGGCUUUAGCGGCGAUCGCAAUAAAGGCUUUGGUCAUCAGUAAAGUCGCGCUGACAAUUGCCGGUAUUAUAGCGCUGAAGAAACUAUUCACACAUGAUCAUCAAGAAGAGUCCAGUUUUCAGGUACACGCGGGCGAACAUAAUCGACGUAACACUUACGUAAUACGCCCGGUGAACAAAUCGAAUCAGCCCACAGCUGCUGCCGGCGUUAGUCAAUACUCGGAUCCAUAUCGUUACUACUAUGAAUAUCACUAAUUGUUACAUACAUCUAUAAAUAUAUAAUUUAUAUAAUCAAAUGUUUAUAUAAUCAAUUGUUAAAUAUAAGUUUUCAUGCGAAAAAACACAAAUAGCUAAAACACCAAAGAAA